AUGGAUUUCUCCCUGUCUCACCUUCAUCAUGUAGCAAGUGGAGUUCCUCAAGGCUCUGUCUUGGGGCCAACAAAUCCGCGAUUUACAUACAAGAUCUCUGACCACAACAUCGAAGCACAUAUUCACCACGUUACAUCAAAAGCCAAGAAACUUCUAUACAUGCUGGAGAGGUCUUUCAAAGGAUCCUAUGUCAACACUUGCGCCUACAUUUACAGGGCAUUCGUGAGGCCAAUUCUUAAAUUCGCUGGCCCGGUAUGGGACACUGUGCUUCUGCGCGAUAGAAAUCUCGUCGAAUCAGUACAGCGUCGGGCUACUCAUCGCCUUGAAUUAUUCAACCUGACCUCAUUCUCUGAGCGAAGACUUCGUGGCCAUCUUAUAGUUACGUUCAGGAUACUUCAUGGUUUGAUGGGCACCAACCUCAUGCAUCUAUACCGUCUGUCGCGCAGCAAUCUACGCGGACACAGCUUCAAACUGCAUAAGGAGCCAUUUAAAACAACAUUAAUAGCUUCAAAGUGCAGUAUGAUAGCUGGAGGAUUACUGUCUGUUUUCGGCAACGAAGCGCCACAUCACAAUUUCCCGUUGUGUUUCGAAAAGAUGGUCGUGACAUUUGUGUCAAAAGCGGGUCAUAUUGCAACAAUUCCUCUUAAUGAGCAAAGAACUGUCAUCACCGAGCUUCGAAAAGUCAACCCCGAAAGAAGAAUCAUCCUCCACCAAGACAAUGCAAGCUCGCACACAGCCCAAAAAACAAGGCAGUAUUUAACAAAAGAAAACGUGGAAUUAUUGGACCAUCCUCCAUAUAGUCCCGAUCUAAGUCCUAACGAUUUCUUUACUUUCCUUUCCCGAAAAUUAAAAACAGACAGCGUGUGA